AUGAACGUAUGCGAAGAUACCUCGUCGAUGGUAGAGGAGUGUCACCUUUUUCGUGGUUUUUCCACAGCGUCACACUGCAAAGAGUUGUUGUUGCGCGCGGGCGGACGACGAGAAAAAAUUGGAAACGCGGAUGAAAACAACGGUUGAUUUUCACCCAACGCUCGUGAUUUUCGACCGCUUUUGAGUGUGGAAGCGAAAAAAACCGCCUGUUUUUUAACUGCAUGCGUGCGUGCUAGUGUGUGUGUGUGUGCGCGCGUGUACGUGUUCGUAAUUUAGACGCGCUGCUCGCCGCGAUUUCUGUUGUUCUGUGUGGCUCCUGUAACUACAUGAAAAAAUGUGGGCGAAACGUGUGCGAUAAAUAAGAGCCCGAGAUAGCGAAAGAAAGUGUCCAACUAGCAGUCUGCUAACAAGGCGCUGUCGAUGUCCGCCAGCUAGCCAAGUGCAGAGACAUCCUACGAUCGAAACGAGCUAACGUUACAGUAGAACACCCCCUCCUUUUUCCCCUCAAACAAUCGAAAAGCCGGCAAGACGACGUCCAAGAAGAAGCAGUCGCAGCCGACGCGGCCGAAGACGAGCAGCAUGUUCAAGUGCAUUCCCAUCUUCAAGGGCUGCAACCGGCAGGUGGAGUUCGUGGACAAGCGCCACUGCUCCCUGCCGCAGGUGCCCGAGGAGAUCCUCCGGUACUCCCGUACGCUGGAGGAGCUCUUCCUGGACGCCAACCACAUCCGGGACUUGCCCAAGAAUUUCUUCAGAUUGCAUCGCCUGAGAAAGCUGGGACUGAGUGACAAUGAAAUUGGCCGCCUGCCGCCGGAUAUACAAAACUUUGAAAAUCUCGUCGAGCUCGACGUUUCACGCAAUGAUAUACCCGACAUUCCCGACGAUAUCAAGCAUCUGCAGAGCCUGCAGGUGGCCGAUUUCAGUUCGAACCCGAUACCCAAGUUGCCCUCGGGCUUCUCCCAGCUAAAGAACCUGACCGUCCUGGGCCUCAACGACAUGUCGCUCACCACAUUGCCAGCGGAUUUUGGCAGCCUGACUCAAUUGGAAUCCCUGGAGCUUCGCGAGAAUCUGCUCAAGCACCUGCCCGAGACAAUAAGCCAGCUGACGAAGCUGAAGCGUCUGGAUCUGGGCGACAACGAGAUCGAGGAUCUGCCACCCUAUCUGGGUUAUCUGCCGGGUCUGCACGAGCUUUGGCUGGAUCACAAUCAGCUGCAGCGAUUGCCGCCAGAGCUGGGACUCCUGACCAAACUGACCUACCUCGAUGUCUCCGAAAAUCGACUGGAGGAGCUGCCCAACGAGAUCAGCGGACUGGUCAGCCUGACGGACCUCGAUCUGGCCCAGAAUCUGCUCGAGGCACUGCCCGAUGGCAUUGCCAAGCUGAGCAGACUGACCAUCCUGAAGUUGGAUCAGAAUCGAUUGCAGCGGUUGAACGAUACGCUCGGAAACUGCGAGAACAUGCAGGAGCUGAUUCUGACCGAGAACUUUCUCUCCGAGCUGCCCGCCUCCAUUGGCCAGAUGACCAAGUUGAGCAAUCUGAACGUGGAUCGCAAUGCCCUGGAGUACCUGCCCCUGGAGAUUGGCCAGUGUGCCAAUCUGGGCGUGCUGAGUCUGCGGGACAACAAGCUGAAGAAGCUGCCGCCGGAGCUGGGCAACUGCACCGUGCUGCAUGUGCUCGAUGUGAGCGGGAAUCAGUUGCUGUAUCUGCCCUACUCGCUGGUCAAUCUGCAGCUGAAGGCCGUCUGGCUGUCGGAGAAUCAGUCGCAGCCGCUGCUCACCUUUCAGCCGGACACGGAUGCGGAGACGGGCGAACAGGUGUUGUCUUGCUAUCUGCUGCCCCAGCAGGAAUACCAGCCAAUUACCCCAGACUAUCCACCCAUGACGCUUUAUAGAUCAAGCGAAAAAUUUGAUUCGACGGAAUUCUUCAGUUAUCAGCAAAAAGCCCGUGACCUGGAAUCCGAUUCGGAGCCGUUCGAGGAGCGCGAACCGUCGCGCACCGUGGUUAAGUUCUCGGAGGAGGCCACCCAGGAGAAGGACACGCCCUUCGUGCGCCAGAACACGCCGCAUCCCAAGGAUCUCAAGGCCAAGGCGCAGAAGCUGAAGGUGGAGCGCAGUCGGAACGAGGAGCAUGCCAAUCUGGUCACCCUUCCGGAGGAGAACGGCACCAAGUUAGCCGAGACCCCAACCGAGACCCGAACCGUUGCAAACAAUCACCAACAGCAGGCACACCCAGUGCAGCAACCGAUCGUUGGUGUAAAUUCCAAGCAACCAGUGGUUGUGGGUGUAGUCACUCCAACCACGACGACAGUCGCCCCAACCGGCGUACAGGGUGGCUCAGAGGGAGCCAGCUCCACCGCCAACAAUGUGAAGGCGGCAACAGCAGCUGUGGUGGCUGAAUUAGCAGCCACUGUUGGUGGAGGUGAUGAGGUCCUGGAUGAUGACGAGCAGGAGGAUGAGUUUGAAUCCGAUCGCCGCGUGGGUUUUCAAGUGGAGGGCGAAGAUGAUGACUUUUACAAGAGGCCACCCAAAUUACACAGAAGGGAUACUCCGCACCACCUGAAGAAUAAGCGUGUCCAGCAUUUAACCGACAAGCAAGCCAGUGAAAUCUUGGCCAAUGCCCUAGCCACCCAGGAGCGGAACGAUACCACACCGCAGCACUCGCUGUCCGGCAAAGUGACAUCACCAAUUGAGGAGGAGGAGCAGCUGGAGGUAGAGCAGGAGCAGCAACAGCAGCAGCAUCCCUUCGACUCCUCGCUCUCGCCCAUUUCGGCUGGGAAAACAGCAGAGGCUAGCACCGACCCAGACAACUUGGAUGGCGUUACGGAGCUCCGUUUGGAGCAGUACGAAAUCCACAUCGAGCGCACUGCAGCUGGAUUGGGCCUGAGCAUUGCCGGUGGCAAGGGCUCAACGCCCUUUAAGGGUGACGAUGAUGGCAUCUUCAUAUCAAGGGUUACCGAGGCGGGACCCGCUGAUUUGGCUGGCCUUAAAGUGGGCGACAAGGUUAUCAAGGUCAACGGUAUUGUUGUCGUGGAUGCGGAUCACUACCAAGCGGUGCAGGUGUUAAAAGCCUGCGGUGCCGUACUUGUUUUGGUGGUACAGCGUGAGGUGACUCGCUUGAUUGGCCACCCCGUGUUUAGCGAGGAUGGCAGUGUGUCCCAAAUCUCGGUCGAGACGCGACCACUGGUGGCGGAUGCCCCUCCAGCUGCAUCCAUUAGCCACGAGCGUUACAUCCCGGCACCCAUUGAAAUUGUGCCCCAACAGCAGCACCCACAGCAAGAGCAACAGCAGCCCAUUCAGCAGGUGGCCCCAUCGCAUAGCUAUUCGGGCAACGUGUUUGCCACACCCACUGCCGCACAAACAGUGCAGCCUGCUGCGACUGCUGCGCCCAACGGAUUGCUACUGAAUGGCAGGGAGGCGCCACUGAGCUACAUCCAGCUGCACACAACGCUCAUCCGCGAUCAGAUUGGCCAAGGACUAGGCUUCAGCAUUGCGGGCGGAAAGGGGUCGCCGCCGUUCAAGGACGACUGCGAUGGCAUUUUCAUAUCCCGCAUCACGGAGGGCGGACUAGCGUACCGCGAUGGGAAAAUUAUGGUGGGCGACCGGGUGAUGGCGAUUAACGGCAACGAUAUGACUGAAGCCCAUCAUGACGCAGCCGUCGCCUGUUUGACUGAACCGCAGCGAUUUGUGCGUUUGGUGUUGCAACGCGAGUACAGAGGUCCACUGGAACCACCGACGAGUCCGCGAAGUCCGGCAGUGCUUAACUCAUUGAGCCCCUCCGGAUAUCUGGCCAACCGACCAGCUAAUUUCAGCCGAUCGGUGGGGGAAGUUGAGCAGCCGUACAAGUACAACACCCUGGCUACGACCACGCCCACACCGAAGUCCACUGUGCCAGCUAGUAUUAGCAACAAUAAUAACACUCUGCCCAGCAGCAAGACCAAUGGAUUUGCCACCGCUGCUGCCACGAUAGACAGUUCCACGGGGCAACCGGUGCCCGCUCCCCGUCGCACCAACUCCGUUCCAAUGGGAGAUGGAGACACUGGGGCGGGCUCCACCACCAGUGGCGAUUCUGGCGAGGCUCAGCCCUCCUCGUUGCGACCGCUGACCAGCGAUGAUUUUCAGGCGAUGAUCCCGGCACACUUCCUCAGCGGCGGCAGUCAGCAUCAGGUGCAUGUGGCCCGGCCCAACGAGGUGGGCGUGAGUGCCGUCACGGUGAAUGUGAAUAAGCCUCAGCCGGAUCUGCCCAUGUUCCCGGCGGCACCUACCGAACUUGGCCGCGUCACCGAGACGAUCACCAAGUCCACGUUCACGGAGACGGUGAUGACGCGCAUCACCGACAAUCAGUUGGCGGAGCCGCUUAUCAGUGAGGAGGUUGUGCUGCCCAAGAACCAGGGCUCCCUGGGAUUCAGCAUCAUCGGCGGCACGGAUCAUUCCUGUGUGCCCUUCGGCACUCGAGAGCCUGGCAUUUUUAUAUCGCACAUUGUGCCCGGCGGGAUUGCCUCCAAGUGCGGCAAGCUGCGCAUGGGCGAUCGCAUAUUGAAAGUCAACGAGGCGGAUGUUUCCAAGGCCACACAUCAGGAUGCGGUUCUGGAGCUGCUGAAGCCAGGUGAUGAAAUCAAGCUGACCAUUCAACACGACCCACUGCCGCCAGGAUUCCAGGAAGUGCUACUCAGCAAGGCGGAGGGCGAACGUUUGGGCAUGCACAUCAAGGGCGGCUUGAAUGGCCAGCGCGGUAAUCCCGCCGAUCCCUCCGACGAAGGCGUCUUCGUGUCCAAAAUUAACUCGGUCGGUGCGGCCAGACGGGACGGAAGGCUUAAGGUGGGCAUGCGUCUCCUCGAGGUUAAUGGACACUCGCUGCUGGGCGCCUCGCACCAGGAUGCGGUCAAUGUGCUGCGCAACGCUGGCAACGAGAUUCAAUUGGUCGUCUGCAAAGGCUACGACAAGUCCAAUUUAAUUCAUUCCAUUGGCCAGGCCGGCGGCAUGAGCACUGGCUUCAACUCGUCUGCAUCCUGCAGCGGUGGCAGUCGCCAAGGCUCGCGUGCAUCGGAAACGGGCUCGGAACUGAGCCAGAGUCAGAGUGUAUCCAGCUUGGACCACGAAGAGGAUGAGCGUCUGCGACAGGACUUCGAUGUCUUCGCCUCGCAGAAGCCAGAUGCACAGCAGCCAACUGGACAAUCGGUCCUGGCAGCUGCUGCUGCCAUGGUGCAUGGCGCCUCGUCGCCCACACCACCUGCUGCCACCUCCAAUACAACUCCCUUACCCACAGCCGCGCCAGUGGCAUCUGCUGAUUUAACAGCACCGGACACGCCAGCCACCCAGACCGUGGCGCUCAUUCACGCAGAACAGCAGGCCCAUCAACAACAACAGCAGCAGCAGCAGACGCAGCUGGCGCCUUUGGGUCAGGAGAAGAGCACCCAGGAGAAGGUGCUGGAAAUUGUACGCGCGGCUGACGCCUUCACCACCGUGCCACCAAAGUCGCCAUCGGAGCACCACGAGCUGGAUAAGAUACAGAAGACGACGACGGUUGUCAUAUCGAAGCAUACGCUCGACACGAACCCAACCACCCCCACAACGCCGGCGGCGCCUCUUCCCAUCGCUGGAGCAGAGUCAGCGAACUCGACUGGUGCUCCUUCUCCAGCUGUUCCUGCAUCCAUGCCCGGCUCAGCGCCAGUUCUUCCUGCCGUGGCCGUGCAGACACAGACGCAAACGACCUCCACGGAGAAGGAUGAAGAGGAGGAGUCGCAACUACAGCAACGAGGCACCCAGACUCCAGAUCGCCUGGCACCCGGAGCACGUUACUCCUACCAGCAGAUGCUGGAGUCGCAGGAGGAGAAUCGAACUUCUGGCAAAGCCACCCAGGCGAAGCCCAAGAAGGCGGAGCCCGUGUACAUCAUAGAUGACGAGGACGAUGAGGAUGAUGAUGACGCAGAUUCCCAGCGGCUGGACGACAUCGACGCUAUCCAAGAGGAGGAAGAAGAGGAGGACACGGAGAGCUCUCCGCCCUUGGAAGUGCAGUCACCACCUUCCUAUGCAGACACUGAUUCCGAUACCUUCGACCGUCGACGUGGCCGAUAUACCAGUGACUCGGAAAGCGACUGCCGGCCGUACAAACCAUCGAGAUCGGGACGCAGUACGCCAGAAUACGGUGGUCAUCGCAAGUCUGUAAGCUUCGAUCUCAGUGGGGACGAGCGCUCCAGGUCGGACUACGAGCGAUCCCGCUCCCGCACUCCAGAUGGUUAUACUAGGGCCUACGAUUCAGAGCAGGAUACUCGAGGAUCGGGUCGUAAUCGUCUGCCGCGGAAAGGCAUCUUGCGGGCCACGAGUCCUUGCCCCACGCUGGAAAAAUCUGAACCCAUUGUGCCAGCAGUGGCACGCAUCCGUGAUGUGGAAUCGCCGCAACUUCAACGCGUUUCACGGGCCACUUCCCCGGAUCGACCCGGCGAACUGGAGCGGGAAAAUCCUUUCCGUCAUCCCACUUCCGAGGAUGAUGAGUACACGCGGAUAGCGAAGGAGGUCAGCAAAUCGCCUCGGUCGCCGCGCUCCACGCGCGAGCAGUUCUUCUUUGGGUCUUCGAGAUCCAGUGAGGAUCUGCUGGAGCAAUCCCAGUCACUAUCCAGCGGUCGCAGCACUCCCAACACAGUGAUCUCCAAGUCCACGGAGAACCUUACCGGCACGCGGCCAAAGAUACCUCCACCCACCGCUCCAAAACCGCAAUUAAAGAAGGCGAACCUGGUGCGAAAUGUAGCACUGGAAACAUUCCAGGCCAGCGAUGUGGGACAAGGUGAUUUUACGGUAUUCGAGCACGAUGCCAGCACGAAUACGAUCCAUCCCGUGGAGGCCAAAGUUCCCGUCAGGGUGUCAACCAAGACGAAACCGAGUCGCCCGAGGGAAUCACCACCACCGCCGCCAGUGAAUUUCGCCACCCUGCCGAAGUUGCCGAGCACGCCAACUUUGCGAGAGGCGGAGGAGUCCAUCUACAUGGAGGCCCUGCCGCCGACGCCCUCGCAGCUUCGGCCUCACGAAUUCGUGCACGAGAACUCACCGGACAAUAUUCUGGUCUCGCCGCAGGAGCACCGCGAGUAUUUGCUGCGUGAGAACGAGCUGAGGAAUCAGUUGAGGGCCCCCUAUGAACCCGCUCCACCUGUACCCAUUGUCGGCGGCGGAUAUUCGGUAACGAAUCCCUUUCUAGAUAGUUUCGACACCGACAUUGACAGCCUGCCAUUGCCACCACCGCCCACACCGCCUGCCCAACACCAACAUACACGUCAUUUGCAUGAGCCGCCGCAGUUUCCGCAGUUCGCGCCACCACUAACCGCUAACGCAUCCACGUCUCCAUCUUGUUCUUCCAAUGCUGCUUCUGCUGGUGGCGCCACUAACCGCUUGAUGGAUUCGCCGCAACGACAGCUGCUGGUCGCCGGGUCGUCCACCCAGAUCUUUCCCACGGCCCAGAUACUGCCCGUGCAGUAUGCCAGUCUGCCGCAACCGCAGCAGCCCAACACGCUCACCCUUAAGACCGUUUCCCCCACUUCGUCCCACGACCCCAAACAGCCCCUUUUCAACCUGGUACUCCUGCCCGGCGACCAGGUGGCCAACAAAUCCUCGCCAGCAAUGCUCUACCUGCAAACGGUGAGUGAAUCAAGUGCCAAGCCCCGGCGGGGGCCACCACCUCCUCCGCCCGUUACCGUGACCUCACCCACGCCCUCGUAUGCCGCCAUGAAGUUCCCGACCUUCUCGGAAAUAGUUGUCAGUCCCGAUGCGAAUAGCAAUUACCAAAAUAUGACCACUGCUCGCGUUGGCGUCUCGAAUUCCUCGCUGGCCCACAGCACCAGUUCCUUUUCCAUUGGCUCAUCCAGCUCUUCGCUUCUUAUGACCAAAAAUUCGUCCUUAGGAGAAGGUGGUGUGCCAUCCAGUUACUACGAGACAGCCGAGGAGAUCUACUCCACCAUCGAGGAGGAGGCCAUCUACAGUAACACCUCCUUCUUUGAUUCGCGUCGAAGCAGUGACACUUCGGUAUCCUGUCGCGCCUCCAAGUCGCCUACUCCUCCUCCUCUGCCUCCCAAGCGACCUUUGAAGCCCACCAAGUUGCGUACCGCCCCCGCUCCACCGCCAGUGGCCCAAAAGCCCCAUGGCCUGAGGGGCAUGGCCAGUUUCAAGCUGCGCUCCCAAUCCCAGCCGCAGCUGGAGGGGGCGUGGCAACAGCCCGCUCUACCUCGAACGCCCACGACGCCAACUGGCAAAGAGACAACGGUGUGAAUUAGAGUUGGAAUGAAAUCUAUGAAUAAAUCUAAAGUAUUUCCAAAGAAACAUUACCCAGUUAAUACUACUAAUUCAAUUGUAAAAAAUAUCAGCCCAUUCCGCUACAAAUACUUCAGUACAAAAUCUUCUUAAGUGAGUUCACCAAUAACAUAAAACCUUAAACAAAAUAGUGACAAGAAAUACCCAUAACAAUAAAUACUAAAUGCAAAACUACUUUAGCAAUAAAUCAAUAUAAAAUCUAAGAGCUUUAUUGGUCAGCGAACUCAAGGUUUCAAAACCAAAAUGGAUCAAAAAUAUCGAGGAAUAGUCGCCAAAUGCGAUUUUAGAUUUAUUCCUCUUCAAAAAUCGAUCCACCCCCGGUAGACCGCCAUGCAACCACUUGCUAUCGGUGGCUUUCAACGAUGACGAUGCAUUUAAUUGCUCCUAAGCUGACCGCGGACCUUCCCAUUCCCGUUCUUCCCUCGUUCUCUCUUUUCGUCCAUGUCUCUGCUCAUACAUUUUAAUUAAAUUCUAACACCUUUUUGCCAUCAAUUAAAUUGCCCAGCCCCUUGCGUUUUUCUUGCUCUCUUUGUUACUGGCAUCGACUGCAAUUUUCAAUAUUUUCAUUCCACUCGCUCGCAAUUUAAAUUGAUUGAUUUGUGGGUAGUGUCUGAGCUCCGAACCUGCUGAACUUGCAGGCAGGCGGGCUGGCAGAUUGGGUGGCACACCUUUCCUGCUAAUUAGAUGCAACUUUCUGUUGACUUUCGAGACGCCCUCGACCCCCAUCGAGCGUGUACUACCUACUUUGCCACAAAAUUGCAGUUGAAAUUGAGCAGCAAGCGGUUGAAGUUUAAUGGGCGCCACCUCGUCCUCCUGCUCCUGCACGUGCUGUCACCCGCUCACCUGGCAACCUCCCCCCGAGUCUCGGGACAAGUUUAAUUUGACGUUGAUUGAAACAGUUGGCUGCUUAUGGUCGCCCACCUGCAGUUACCACGCCCACCGGGCCAUUAAUUUUUGCUACUGCUGAUGCCGCCGCUGCCCAUUUUUAUUAUUGCCUUUUGUUUUGGGAAAACAAAAUACAAAAAAACGAAAAUACGAAGAAAAACGAGGGGAAGGAAAAUAAUACACGAAAACCGAACGAAUAAAUAAGUAGUAUAACGAAGAGAAAUACCUGAGUAUAAAAUGAAGUAACAGAAAAACAGACAGAAAACACAAUUUUACAAUUUAUAAAGUUAAUUUCGCCCUAGCGCUGCUAAGUUGAUUUUAAUGCUAAUUUAUUUUAUCAAGACAAAGAAGCAAGCUGAACAUUUUUAAUUGCAUACCUUAAGGCAAAUAAACAUUGCGUAUUAUUCUUAUUUGCGUUUCGUGGGCUCUUUUCAUUUUGUCUUGUCCCCCCGGCCAUGUAUUGUGUAAACAAGGCUUUGAGUACUCGAAAAACGAUUGCUUGAAUGGGAGCGAUAACCCAGUACCCAAGUGGUGUGGCCAGUGACCUUGACUCACUUAGCAUUUGUAUCUAAUUGCGUCGUGACCCCAAUUGGCCAAGAGGCAGGCACUGACUGCCUCGCGACCUGUCGCUUUCGCACCUGGCCCUGCACUGAUUUGGCUGUCGACUGGUUGCCCCUUUUUAAUGUCCCAUACCUCGGCUGGGUUCUCUUUGUUGCAAUCUUAUCGCAAAGCACUCGUAAUUGCCUAGAGAUAAAAAAAGAGUUGGUUACCCCUUAUCAACGCCUUAUCUUUCACCCACUAACACUGCUCGCAUGGUCUGAAUAAUUCAAUGGCUUAUUGGCUUUUAAUGCGCUGGCCAUUUUGGCCCUCACACACUUAUACACACUGGGACAUCUCUGGGAUCGGUUAACACACACAUACACACACACAUUCUCAACACUUUCAUGGCUCAAUAAAUUCCUAUUAGCUGACUGCUGAGCAGGGCAAAAAGCAGCUCCUCCAGCACUGGAGACUGAUGCUGAUAAACCAGCUCCGUAGCUGCCCUACUCCUCCAUGUUGUUGGCUCUGCGCAUUGACUUUAAUUGAAAAUCGAAAAAUCCGAUACGAAAUUAAUUUCUCUUCUAAAAAUACAGCUCAGUUAAGCUGGCACUCCUGCUGCUUUCACUUUUUCCCCAUGCACUUGUCCUGCCCUCCACUCCUCCACGCCAUCGCCCUUGGUUCUACGGCUUGGUUUAUUUAUGAGCUCUCGGACUGGUGUGGUCUGAUGGUCUGGCUGCUUCUUACUGCUCCUGGCUGGAGGGUCGAGUCGAACCCCACUAGUUUGGUAUAAGGUUGCAAUUUGUGCAGUUUAACGCUGGCCUUUGCCCUGUUUGCCUUUGUUUCGUCUGGGUCCUCGGGAAAGGGUCUUCCUCCUUCUGCCCGCUGUCCUUUCCCACCCGACUGCUGCCAUUUAAUGACUUUGUCGUCGUAGUCGCAGUCAUCGUUGCUCUGCAGGCACUAACUAUCCAGCCCGGGUUGGCUUUAUCUGGCCACUGUGUCUCAUGUUGCCCAGCACGAGGAAUUGCAUGAAAGCAUAAAACCGACAGUACACACGACUUUGGGUGAUAAAUGGCCAGCUCCGGUUUGGUUCGUUCCGUUCUAACCCACGCAGCUGUAAUUUGCGCCCUCUCCAGUUCAAUCCGAACUCAAAUCGCAGCCCAAACUCAAACCCACACCCUACCGUAAAUUAUAUGCCCCGAGUGCAGGACACAGCAGCACAGACCCAAAAAUGUCGGCUUGGUCACUUUAUGAUUGAGCCAGCCUAUGGCUGAUCCUGCUAAACCCGAACCGAAACGCCCUUUCUGGGCGGAACCAGUUCUGCCUGCCGCCUGCCUGACUUUUUAAUAAACUUGUGUAGUGCCAUCAAUUUUCUUUAUGGCCAUUUCGGAUUUUUCAGCGCUCGCUUUGAAAAUUGCAGUUUUUCCCAGUCAUUUAAUUGAAAAUAUGGCUGAGUGCUGCCAGCGUUUCAGUUUUAUCUGUUUAUUGAUUUUUUCUUCGUUAAAUAAAUCCUUGAGAUUUCUCAGCUUUUUUUUGUGUGUGUGUGCGUUGAGUUGCUAACAAAAACGUUUUGCCAUUUUGCAGUCAACACCUGCCAGCAGGGAUGGAGCCGAGGAGCAGCAGGAAGAGGAUAGAGCCAAACCCACUCCGACUAAAGUGCCUAAAUC